AUCAUAUGAUCGGGUCACGUGACUUACCGCCGUCCGCAGGGUCUCUUCCUGAAGCUACGGCUACGCACCUCUGGAAGAUCGGACGUAUUAAAAGGCAUAAGCAUGCCCACAUUCCCGGAGCUGUACUUUAAUGUGGACAAUGGUUACUUGGAGGGUUUGGUGAGAGGUUUUAAGGCUGGGAUCCUUUCACAGGGCGACUAUCUCAACCUGGUGCAAUGUGAGACCUUGGAGGACCUUAAACUGCAUCUGCAGAGCACAGACUAUGGGAGCUUCUUGGCCAACGAGGCUUCGCCACUCACUGUGUCUGUCAUUGACGACAAGCUGAAGGAGAAGAUGGUGGUGGAGUUUCGUCACAUGAGGAACCAGUCCUACGAGCCGCUCGCCAGCUUCUUGGACUUCAUCACGUACAGCUACAUGAUCGACAAUGUCAUCCUGCUGAUCACGGGCACCCUGCACCAGCGCUCCAUCUCCGAACUGGUCCCCAAGUGCCACCCACUGGGCAGCUUCGAGCAGAUGGAGGCCGUCAACAUCGCCCAGACACCCGCCGAGCUCUACAACGCCAUCCUGGUGGACACGCCCCUCGCUGCUUUUUUCCAAGACUGCAUAUCUGAGCAGGACUUGGAUGAAAUGAACAUUGAGAUUAUAAGGAACACUCUGUAUAAGGCUUAUUUAGAGUCUUUCUACAAGUUCUGUUCAUCCCUCGGAGGAACCACUGCAGACACAAUGUGCCCCAUUCUAGAAUUCGAGGCUGACCGCAGAGCCUUCAUCAUCACCAUCAACUCCUUCGGCACCGAGCUGUCCAAGGAGGAUCGGGCCAAGCUCUUCCCCCACUGCGGGAAGCUGUACCCCGAGGGGCUGGCCCAACUGGCCAGGGCAGACGACUAUGAGCAGGUCAAGGCCGUGGCUGAGUACUACCCCGAAUACAAGCUGCUUUUUGAAGGGGCGGGAAGUAACCCAGGAGACAAGACACUAGAAGACAGAUUCUUUGAGCAUGAGGUGAAGCUGAACAAGCUGGCCUUUUUGAACCAGUUCCACUUCAGUGUGUUCUACGCCUACGUCAAGCUGAAGGAGCAAGAGUGCCGGAACAUCGUGUGGAUCGCCGAGUGCAUCGCCCAGAGGCACCGCGCCAAGAUCGACAACUACAUCCCCAUCUUUUAAUGAGGCAGCCCCAUGGCAAGAUUUUAUGAUUCCUGACCCUCCACCACCCCACCAUUUUCAUGACCAAACUCACCCCCAGAUUUGCCACCUCCACUCAUGACAAAAAUGACAGCUUCAUCUUAUUUUAACAACUCCCCCUCCCUCCAUGACCAACUCAGAUAACAUGCCCUUAUUUUUCCCAGUACCCUCCCCAUUGUAAGACUAAUAGCUUGUCAGGGAGGAGGGAUCAGGCCUUUUUUUCCUUCACAGUUCAAGACAAACUGGAUAUUGUAGGUGUAUGACAGUAAAAUGAGUCUUGCAAUGGUCUGUGUUUGUUGUCAAUUGCUGGUCAACACCAAAAUAUUUUUGAUUUGUUAACUAACCGGCUUUGUCUGUCUGACACUUGACUUCGGCCCGCUGGUAAUUUUGGUAUCUGCCUCCUGCUCUGUCAGCGAUAAGAGUUCAUUGGAGCAGAACCUGGGCGGACAGAAUAUGAGGAUGUGUACUGUAAUGUUUUUUUUGUUUUUUUUUAUUUGCUGCAAGAGUUUGUUUUUCUUUUUCUUUUGUUAUUCCGUAAAACAACAUGUUGCAGUCAAAGCCGGCUUUUCCACCUACAGUACUUUGAAGUUUUCCAGUACAGUUUCAGGUGAACCCUGGAGAGUAGAUCAGGAGGUCAACCGUCCAACUGCAGAUUAGGAUACGGCCACGGAUUUUCUGUCUUGAAAGGGAACCCCCCCCCCCCCCCCCUCCCCAAGGGUUAAAGUUUAACAAAAUUUACACGUUACAUUCCUUUCAUAAUGCCCAAAAAGUUGGUUUUAAAAAUAUUGGAGGUUCCUGAUGUUUUGCUGUCUUAAUCUGUAGCUGGAUGAGAUAAAAAUAAGGCUUGAUAACACACUGUAAUCAUCAUGGACGUUUGAUGUUGUAUAGGUGCUGACUUCCUGAAGACGAUACAAAGGCUUUGCUUUUUCAACAAAAGACAAAGAUCUUUGCCAGUUGCCAGGGUCAUGGUUUGAUUUUGUUUAGGAAACGUCUUGAAAUGAUUUACUUGUGUUGAUGAGUGAACUCCUUAAAUGGCAGCAUGCUUGUUGCAUAUUUGUGUGUCCCCAAUAAUUUAAUAUAUUUCUGUGUAUGUAGUAUAGAUUUUGCUUUCGAACAAAAAUGUGAAUUAUAUAUUCCUGUGUGAUAAUAUGGAGAAAAUUACAUAUUGAAGUAAUUUCAUGGAACUUGUGAAACAGUAACAAAUAUAAAGUUAUAAAUUAUAUAAUGUUUAUAUCAUAAACUAUGAUAUAUAAUUGUGAAUAAAUGGCAGUAGGAUAUGUACUG